GCCGCCAGACCUCCGGGAGUCCGACCCGAGCUCGCCGCAGAGCCUAGACCCUUCCUCGGACGCUUGGAUCCGGCCAUGGCGUCACUGCCACCACUACUCUGCCUCUUUGUCGCCGCCGCGCACCUGGCGGGGGCCCGAGGCACCAUCCCCAAUGAGGAGCCCACAGCAAUUGCAUGGGCCUUUGAGGGUCCACCGUUGCGCCCUAGCCAGCCAUCACCAGCCCUGGAGGACUGGGAAGAGGCCAGCGAGUGGACGUCCUGGUUCAACGUGGACCACCCGGGCGGCGACGGAGACUUCGAGAGCCUGGCUGCCAUUCGCUUCUAUUACGGUCCGGCGCGCGUGUGUCCCCAGCCGUUAGCGCUGGAGGCGCGCACCACCGACUGGGCCCUGCCGUCUGCCGUCGGCGAGCGCGUGCACUUGAACCCCACGCGCGGUUUCUGGUGUCUCAACCGCGAGCAGCCGCGCGGCCGCCGCUGCUCCAACUACCACGUGCGCUUCCGCUGCCCGCUCGAGGCCGCGUGGGGCUCGUGGGGCCCGUGGGGCCCCUGUUCAGGGAGCUGCGGGCCAGGCCGUCGUCUGCGCCGCCGCCGCUGCCCAAGCCCCGCUGGGGAUGCGUGUCCCGGGCGUCCCCUGGAGGCACGGAAGUGUGUGCGGUCUCCGUGCCCAGGGUGUAGUCCCAAAACCUGCGGGUGUCCUGACCACAUCCUCCUGGGCUUGGUAGUCACCCCAUCUGGCCGACCACUGCCAGGAGCCAGGGUCUCCCUGCGAGACUGGCCUGGCACCAUGACCACCAGUGAUGCCCAUGGAACCUUCCAGAUGCCUGGAGUCUGUGCCAGCAGCCAGGCCAACAUCAGUGCCCAAAUGGACGGCUUCUCUGCAGGCAUGGCCCAGGCCCAAGCCAAUGGCUCCAUAUCCGCUCUGGUCACUGUCGUCCUUAAUAAGUUGGAGAAGCCCUACCUAGUGAAGCACCCUGAGUCCCGUGUUCGAGAGGCUGGCCAGAAUGUGACCUUCUGCUGCAAAGCCUCGGGCACCCCCAUGCCCAAGAAAUACUUCUGGUUCCACAAUGGGACCUUGCUGGACAGGCGAACACACAGGUACGGGGCCCAUCUGGAGCUGCGGGGGCUGCGCCCAGACCAGGCAGGCACCUACCACUGCAAAGCGUGGAAUGACGCGGGCGCUGUGCGCUCGGGCACUGCCCGGCUCACUGUGCUUGCCCCAGGCCAGCCAGCCUGCGACCCCCUGCCUCGUGAGCACCUGAUUAAACUCCCAGAGGACUGCAGUCAGCUGGGCAGCGGCCCUGCCUACCUGGACGUGGGCCUCUGCCCCUAUACCCUCUGCCCCAGCCCCGCAGGCUCAAGCCACCGAUGUGGGGAUGCCGGUUCCCGCUGCUGCUCCGUGCGCCGCCUGGAGAGCAAGGAGAUCCGAUGCUCCAGCUAUGUCCUCCCUGUCAAGGUGGUAGCUGAGUGUGGCUGCCAGAAAUGUCUGCCCCCUCGGGGGCUGGUCCGGGGACGUGUGGUGGCCGCUGACUCUGGGGAGCCCCUGCACUUUGCGAGAAUCCUGCUGGGCCAAGAGCCCAUCGGAUUCACGUCUUACCAGGGUGACUUCACCAUCGAGGUGCCGCCUUCCACCCAGCGGCUGCUGGUGACUUUCAUGGACCCCAGCGGCGAGUUCAUGGACACUGUGAGGGUCCUGCCUUUUGAUCCUCGAGGUGCGGGUGUGUACCACGAGGUCAAGGCCAUGCGAAAGAAAGCCCCAGUCAUCUUAGAUGCCAGCCAGAGCAACACGAUCUCACUCGGGGAGCUGGAAGACCAGGCCCCCUUGGGCGAGCUGGUCCUCCCGCCGGGAGCCUUCCGCAGAGCCAACGGUGAACCCUACUCGGGGGCUGUGGAGGCCCGGGUGACGUUCGUGGACCCCCGAGAUCUCACCGCCGCCACCGCCGCCCCCAGCGACCUGCGCUUCGUGGACAGCGACGGCGAGUUGGCCCCGCUCCGCACCUACGGCAUGUUCUCAGUGGACCUCCGUGCCCCCGGCUCUGCGGAGCAGCUGCAGGCGGGGCCCGUGGCCGUGCGCGUGGCCGCCAGCCAGAUCCGCAUGGCAGGCCACGUGGAGGCCCUCAAGCUGUGGUCGCUGAACCCCGACACCGGCUUGUGGGAGGAGGAGAGCGGCUUCCAGCGCCAGGGGUCAGCGGCCACUCGGGUCCGCCGGGAGGAGCGAGUCUUCCUGGUGGGCAACGUGGAGAUCCGGGAGCGGCGGCUGUUCAACCUGGACGUGCCGGAGCGCCGCCGCUGCUUCGUGAAGGUGCGCGCCUACGCCAACGACAAGUUCACCCCCAACGAGCAGGUGGAGGGCGUGGUGGUCACGCUGGUCAACCUGGAGCCCGCCCCCGGCUUCUCCGCCAACCCCCGCGCCUGGGGCCGCUUCGACAGCGCCGUCACCGGCCCCAACGGCGCCUGCCUCCCCGCCUUCUGCGACGCCGACCGGCCCGACGCCUACACGGCCCUCGUCACGGCCAGCCUGGGCGGGGAGGAGCUGGAGCCGGCGCCCUCCCGACCCCGCCCGCUCCCGGCCACCGUGGGCGUUGCCCAGCCCUACCUGGACAGGCUGGGUUACCGCCGCACCGACCACGACGACCCCGCCCUCAAACGCAACGGCUUCCGCAUCAACCUGGCCAAACCCAGGCCUGGCGACCCCGCCGAGGCCAAUGGCCCCGUGUACCCGUGGCGCAGCUUUCGGGAGUGCCAGGAGGCCCCGGUGACCGCCAGCCACUUCCGCUUCGCGCGCGUGGAGGUGGACAAAUACGAGUACAAUGUGGUCCCAUUUCGCGAGGAUGCUCCAGCCUCCUGGAGCGGAGAUCUCCUGGCCUGGUGGCCCAACCCACAGGAGUUCCGGGCCUGCUUCCUCAAGGUGAAGAUCCAGGGCCCCCAGGAGUACAUGGUUCGUUCCCACAAUGCAGGGGGCAGCCACCCGCGCACCCAGGGCCAGCUCUACGGGCUUCGGGAUGUCCGCAGCGUCCGGGACCCGGAGCGCCCUAGCACAUCAGCUGCCUGCGUGGAGUUCAAGUGCAGCGGCAUGCUGUUCGACCAGCGACAGGUGGACAGAACGCUAGUGACCAUCAUGCCCCAGGGCAGCUGCCGUCGAGUGGCCAUCAACGGGCUCCUGCAGGAUUACUUGGCCCGGCACCCCCCGCCAGCGCCGGCUGAUGACCCCACUGCCUUUGCCAUGCUGGCCCCGCUGGACCCUCUUGGUCACAACUACGGUGUCUACACGGUCACUGACCAGAGCCCAAGGCUGGCCAAGGAGAUCGCCAUCGGCCGCUGCUUUGAUGGCUCCUCCGACGGCUUCUCGAGGGAGAUGAAGGCUGACGCUGGCACCGCCGUCACCUUCCACUGCCAGGAGCCGCUGGCUGGCCGGCCCAGCCUCUUCCAGAGGCUGCUAGAGUCCCCGGCGGUAGCACUUGGUGACAUCCGCAGGGAGAUGGGCGAGGUGUCCCGGGCACAAGCCCGAGGCACGGGUCCCUUGCGCACCCGCCGUGGCAGGGCCCGGCAGUGACCUGGGCCCCAGCCUCACUCCUAUGCCUUGCUCUGGAGUGCUCUGUCCCCAGAAGUCUUAGCCCCUUCUCCAGACGCUCCCUUCCCAGGUUUCUGGACCCUCCUGCCCCCCUGCCCAGAAUUCAGAGUCAAGUCUGAUGGUGGAAACGCCAGGCAGCUUAUUGUUGCUGUAUGACAUGCAAUGGAGUUCGCCCUGACUGUGGGAGCCAGUGACCUGGGAGGCCAUUGGACAGGCGUCUGGCUGAGGCCCAGAGGGAAUCGCUCCCAGCUCACCUGCCGGCUCUGAUUGCAUGUGUCUUUCGACCCCGAUUUCAGAUCUUCUGCCCCUUGCGAUUUCUGAACUUUGGCCUGAGCUCCCUCUGCGUGUCACUGAGCUGGGUUCUUUAUUGGGUCCUCUGCCCCAAGCUUUGUUCUUGGGGUUAUUUAUUGAAACAGCCUGUGGGGCUGGUCAUGGGGGUGAG